UCCAAAUGAGACUUAGAAGGUAAGGAUGAGAAAACUGAGAAGAGUCUUUAAACCUCUCCUGGGAAGAAGCAGGUCCUCUAGUUUCAGACGUUUAGUUCAAAACGCUUUGGAGCACCUCGAAACCCUAAAGAAGCUUCGGCAUGGCCGGUACGUCGAAGAUCGAAAGGACGCUGCUCGUCUCCUUCAUGAAGGCCUUCCCAAACUAGCCCUCUCUCGGUGCGAGCAAAUGAUUCGACACCAAAAUCUAAUGGAUGCUUAUGGCAUGAUGGAAGGGUAUCUGAAUCUGUUGAGGGAAAGAUUGUACCUCCUUGCACCUGGAAGAGAGUGCCCUAAAGAAUUGGAGGAGGCAGUGUCGAGUGUGGUAUUUGCAGCUUCAAGAUGUGAGGACUUUCCAGAGCUUGAAGAGAUUAAAUCGGUAUUGAGUUCUAGAUUUGGCAGAGAGUUUGCUGCUCGUGCUGUUGAAUUACGCAUCAAUAAUACUGUAAAUCACUCCAUAAUGCUAAAAUUGUCCACAAGGAAGCCAAAUUUGGAGAGUAAAAUGAAUCUUCUGAGAGUCAUUGCUUCUGAGAAUGGCUUCACUCUGCAACUCAACGACAAGGGUGAGCCAAUCAGUUGUACGGCAACUAGACAACGAAAGAGAGGUGCGACUUCCACCAAAAGGAUAUAUCGAACCCGCAGCUCAAGUCGGAAAUGAAGAGGUUGAUAUAUUUAUGGGUUUUUGUUAUAUUAAUAUUCCCUUUAUUUUGAGUUUCGAUUUUCUACGAAUUUCUGGAGGCUUUGUAUACUCAUGUUUGAUUGUUGUAUC